AUUGUUUUUUGUCUGUUUGGAUAGGUGAGCAAGAAAAAAUCAAUUCUCUCUCUGUAUCUUUUUUCCUCUCAAAACCCAGUCAUUUACUCCCCUCUAGAGGUUAUUAUAGAUAUUAAUGGGUAUUGUAGAUUCCAUAGUGUGGCAACUCGAAGCUAGCCAUUUUCAAUCCCAGCUGUUCUUAUAUGUGUAAGCAAGUAGUUGUUGUUGUUGCUGAUGGGACCAAUUGACCCAUCUUGCUCCUGGCCAUCUCCUUUCCUGUUAUUUUCCGGAUAACCCAUCAACAGCAUUCAUAAUUUCGUUGGGUGUCCUUAAGAAAACAAAGAAUGUGAAGCUGGAGCCUACGCUGUAAAAAUUUCAGCAUAAAAAGCUGAGAUAUUGAAUGAUAAGUUUUGUGGGCCUUUUCUGUUAGAACUGUUCUCAUCAUUGUCGGUUUCUGGGUUUUUCUUCUUUGUUUGGUUUCUUUAUUGUCUCUUUCACAUCUCACUCUGCAGAACCCUAAUUACCAUUCACUAUUCAAUUCACCGUCACAUUAAUUUCUGUAUAUGCCAUUUUUUUAUUCGCUUUAAAUUGCAAUUUAUUGCAUCUUUGAUUUAAUGGUUUUCAGAUAUUUCUCAUGUUCUAACUGAACUUUGUUGCUUUUCAUUCAACAAUAGGUCAGCAAUUCACAAGCGCCAUUUUUUUUAAUUGUGGAGCAAAUCACCAUUGAAUUCUUCACAUACUCUGCUGGGCUUUUGUGAUUUUUAUUGGAGGUGAUCUCUGGUUCAGCACUCUUGGCCUUUUUGGGGGUUCCUCUUUGUUUCUCUUCGUCCUUAUCUCUAUAUCCUGGCACAUCCUGCUUACCAUCUCUCCUGUUGUUGGUGAUACCAAAUAUAGAAAUAAUUCAGAUCCAAAUUUCAAGAACUGUUCUAGAAAAUCCCUGCUUUUUGAGAUUGGCUUAUAGGUUAGCCUACCUUGUAAAGCACCUUUGGUAGAUUUCUUUCCUUGUGUUGUGAGUGAAUUCUGGAUUGGGGAUUCAAACAAGUCUAGAUGACUGUGGAUGGAGUGGGCUGUAGCACUUUGUGGACUAGAGAGCAGGAUAAGGCAUUUGAGAAUGCCCUUGCAACAUAUGCUGAGGAUGCUCUAGAUCGGUGGGAGAAGAUUGCAGCUGAUGUACCUGGGAAAACUCAAGAAGAGAUUAAACUUCACUAUGAACUUCUGGUUGAAGAUUUGAAUCAGAUAGAAGCUGGCUGUGUGCCUCUGCCUAACUACUCUUUUUCAGAGGGUUCAGUGAGCCAUGCUGGCGAUGAAGGAACUAGUAAGAAGGGUGGCCACCUGGGACAUCAUAACAGUGAGUCUACUCAUGGAAAUAAGGCGUCCCGGUCAGAUCAAGAACGUCGAAAAGGAAUUGCUUGGACGGAGGAUGAGCACAGGUUAUUUCUUCUUGGUUUGGACAAAUAUGGGAAAGGUGAUUGGCGAAGUAUUUCAAGAAACUUUGUUGUGACGAGAACACCUACACAAGUGGCUAGCCAUGCACAAAAGUAUUUCAUUCGUUUGAACUCCAUGAACAAAGAUAGGAGGCGAUCUAGCAUACAUGACAUCACCAGUGUUGGCAAUGGAGACAUUUCAGCACCACAAGGACCAAUAACUGGUCAAACAAAUGGUUCUGCUGCAGGAGGGUCUGCUGGCAAAGCGUCCAAACAACCACCUCAACAUCCUGCUGGACCCCCAGGAGCAGGAGUUGGUGUAUAUGGUCCACCAUCCAUAGGGCAGCCAAUAGGAGGGCCCCUUGUUUCAGCUGUUGGCACCCCUGUUAAUCUUUCUGCCCCUGCACACAUGGCUUUUGGAGUUAGAGCCCCAGUACCAGGAACGGUAUCAGGAGUGGUACCUGGUGCACCAAUGAGCAUGGGUCCUAUGACAUAUCCAAUGCCACCAACAACUGCUCAUAGGUGAUAUGCAUGGUUUAGCUGCAAAAUGUAGAAAGACAGAAGACUAGUUGCUUGUAUUACUGUUGGGUUAGUGGCUUCUCCAUUUUAGCCUGAAUAAGACUGCAUAGUUACAAGCAAAAGUUGUCUGAUAUCAUUUGUUUAUUCUGGUAGCAAUAUCAAAUAAGCCAAUAGGAAGGGAAACAACAUCAUUUGUAUAGGCAGCGGCUGUGGAAAAUAUGGCAGCAUUUAUGGUUAGGACAGCAAUUUAGUUACCUUUUUUGGUUUUACAUUACAAUGCUUAGUGCUUAGUCUCAGUAAUAGUCAGUUAAUGGUAUUUUAAUUGUAAUGGCCAAAGUUGUAAAGAACCCAUAUAUACUUUUCACUAUUAUGAAUAGCAUAUGUUGGCACAUAUUGUGCUUAGCCUUGCAA